GUAUUUAAGGAAGGGUUUUAAACCAACAAAAACACCACACCAAAAAUGUCUGAUAUGAAGAGAAUCAAGCUCGGAUCACAGGGACUCGAGGUUUCAGCGAUCGGAUUAGGUUGCAUGGGCAUGUCGUAUGCAUACGGUCCUGCAAAACCCGAACAAGAGAUGAUCGAACUCAUCCACCACGCUGUUAACUCUGGCGUCACUCACCUCGAUACCUCUGACGUCUAUGGACCUCACACCAACGAAAUCCUCAUCGGCAAGGCGUUGAAGGGAGUUGCUAGAGAGAAAGUUGAAGUUGCUACCAAGUUUGGGCUGAGAUUUGGGGAGGGAUAUGGUGAAUUGCAAAUCCAUGGGGAACCGGAGUACGUUAGGGCUUGUUGUGAAGCGAGUUUGAAGCGGCUUGGUGUUGAUUACAUCGAUCUGUACUAUGCUCAUCGUAUCGAUCCAAAAGUGCCGAUCGAAAUCACGAUGGGAGAGCUAAAAAAACUUUUUGAAGAAGGUAAAAUAAAAUACAUUGGUUUAUCUGAGGCUAAUCCAGCAAUCAUCAGAAGAGCACAUGCUAUUCAUCCAAUCACAGCUGUACAGCUGGAGUGGUCUUUGUGGACUAGAGAUGUAGAAGAAGAGGUUAUUCCUACUUGCAGAGAACUAGGGAUUGGGAUCGUACCUUUUGCUCCUCUAGGUAGUGGAUUCUUCGCAUCGGGUCCAAAGGUGAUGGAUAAUCUGGCGGAUGAUGACUAUAGAAAGGUUCUACCGAGGCUACAAGGCGAGAACUUUGACCACAACAAACGUGUAUUUGAGCGAGUUAGCGAAAUGGCCGAAAGAAAGGGAUGCACGCUGGCCCAACUAGCACUGGCAUGGGUUCUACACCAAGGGGAUGAUGUAUGUCCAAUCCCCGGUACAACCAAGAUCACGAACCUGAACCAGAACCUUGGAGCCCUUUCGGUUAAACUCACAUCUCAGGACAUGGCCGAGCUUGAAUCCUUGGCUUCGUUCAAGGGUGAUAGAAUGCCUGAACAGAUUUUGGCGCAUUGUUACAAGAACGUCGACACUCCACCUUUGUCCUCGUGGAAAACCGAGUAAUCGCAUGGAGUUUAAUAAUGUUGUUUUGGUGCCUUGUUGUGAUGAACUAUGUUGUCUUUAUUUUGUUUGAAUGUUGAACUUUCAAUCUUAUUGGUGAAACAUGUUGUGUUAUGUUCCACCAUAUCUAU